CUGAGGGCAUCUGAUAUUUGACGUAACACCGCCUUCCCUACGAUUAUGGCUUGAUCUGCUUCGCAACGCGCAGACUUGGUGCACUCGGCUCUGCUCUGACCGACGACGCCCGUUGACUUACUCCUUCGGUGCGAUGCGGAUUAGUCCCCGCGAUUCCAUCAUGUUGACAUUCAUCCACCGGCCGUUCGAACUGAUAUCGUCGAGAUGCGGCAUAUCGGCGGAUUAUCUAAAACUGGUUUUCUCCUGGCUCCUUUCAUAUCCACUGGCUGGUCUUCUGAAAUGCAUCCCGGACUCGCGGCCCGACGAGAAAAACAUCUUCAGUAUAUGUAUUUCCGCCUUCUAUCUCCUCGGACUCUUUGACUUGCGGGAUGGGCUCCAAACUCUUUUCAUCAGCUCCGCAGGCAUCUACUGUAUCGCCAAAUACCUUCGACGCAGCUCCCUGAUGCCAUGGAUUGGCUUCCUGUUCGUCAUGGCGCACCUGUCCGUCAACCAGAUAUACCGGCAGCUUGCAGGCGACCCAGGGAUAGUCGAUGUCACGGGGGCGCAGAUGGUCCUCGUCAUGAAACUCAGUGCUUUCUGCUGGAACGUGGCAGACGGGCAGCUCCCGGAGGAUCGGUUGAGCGACUUUCAGAAGGAUCGGAGGUUGCGCGAGCUGCCGAGCUUGCUUGACUAUGCGGGCUGGGUGCUUUUCUUCCCGGCCCUCUUUGCCGGACCUGCCUUCGAUUUCGCCGAGUACCGCAAGUGGCUCGACACUUCCAUGUUCGAGCUGCCCCCAAACAUUGAAGCAUCUAAGAAACCGCCCGUGAGGAGGAAAGGCAAAACCCCCCGCAGCGGCACUCCGGCUUUUUGGAAAGCUCUCAGUGGCUUGAUGUGGAUCGGUCUUUUCGUGCCAAUGUCCGCUAGGUAUGAUGUGGUGCGGCUAUUUGAGCCGUCCUUCGCCGAAGGCGGGUUUUUACGCCGUCUCUGGUUCUUAUACUGUGUCGGGUUUACGGCUCGGAUUAAGUAUUAUGGCGCAUGGUCCUUGGCAGAGGGUGCUUGCAUUCUCACCGGCAUGGGUUACAAUGGCGUUGAUCCAGUCACCGGCAAGGUUUCAUGGAACCGUUUGCAGAACAUCGACCCUUGGGGCGUUGAACUCGCGUCCAAUAUCCGUGGCUACCUGGCUGGCUGGAAUAUGAACACGAACCAGUGGCUUAGAAACUAUGUCUACUUGCGAGUAACACCCAAGGGCAAGAAGCCAGGUUUCCGGGCGAGCCUCAUCACCUUCACCACGAGUGCGCUCUGGCAUGGCUUUUAUCCUGGAUAUUACCUCUCGUUUGUUCUUGCCAGUCUGAUCCAAACCGUGGCAAAGAAUUUCCGCCGCUACAUUCGUCCCUUCUUCUUGGACCCCAUAUCCGGCCUUCCGACUCCCCAGAAACGGUACUAUGACAUCGUAUGCGUGCUGGUAACACAGACAGCCAUGUCAUUUGUUGUUGCUCCAUUCCUCAUCCUCAAUUUCUCCGGAUCCAUCUUCGUGUGGUCGCGCGUAUACUUUUACGUCAUUAUUGGAGUAAUCUUGUCCAUGGGCUUCUUCGCUUCUCCUGGCAAGCAGCUACUCAAGCAACGACUAGGCGCACGACAGAAGAAGACAGGGGUCAAACUGGCCCGCAGCUCCAGCCAGGACAGCAUUUCGGGACGAGAACCGGUCCUUGGCGUUGCCGCGGAUCCUGAGCGAGAACUAGACGAGGUUCUACAAGAAUUACGUGGGAAAUGACCAUUUCAUAUUUGGGAGAGUCAGAGCUCCACUCAAGCAUAUGGCCUUUCACAGUGGUCCUUUCACAGCGGUGGCAUUGGAUGGAUGGGCUUUUAGAAGCCAAGGCAAGGACAGGCCACAUGCAGUUGUCUUCCGACUUUACAAAAGGACUAAGUCGUAAGAAACGAUCACAGUGGGCCCUCCAACAGGAAAACAACGCAUAGCAUUGGAGUUGAUUUCAGACAUGUCUCUUUUGGAUUCCGUAUAAUAUAUAAUAAGAUUAGAAUAGUUACAACAUGAUACAGGUGGAGAGCAC